AUGAAGCUCCUCCUCGCCUCCCUCUUUAUCGGCUACGUCACAGCCGAACUGUACAACGCCACCGUCAAGGGAACCGUAAUUUGCAACAAGCGCAAGCAGUCCGGCAUCAAGCUCAAGCUGAAGGAGCAUGAUACUUUCUCAAAGGACGACGACCUGGGCUCAACCACCACGGAUGAUCAAGGAAAUUUUGAGAUCUUUGGGAAAGACGAGGAGUGGUACGGGUUCCGCCCCUACAUUGUCAUCUACCACAACUGCAGGACGCUGGAGAAUGGUUGCCUAACGCGCUCGCGCUAUGAAUACCCGCAGUCGGCCGUGAAUGGCGUCUACGACAUGAGCUACGUCGCCUUGGAUAUCGCGACGGCAGAAGAGAGCGCGAAAUGUCCU